CUCUGACACAGACAGCAUCAUGCAUUUAAUACCCCCCAAUGAAUUAACACUAAUUAAGGCGGUAAGUGGCUUUCGCGGUUCAAGCAGCUUCUGUGAAUUCUGCAGGGAGUGGCUACUCUGUGACUCACAGUGUGUGAUGACUCUGUGGCUAAUUCAGCAGCCCAUAAAGAAACUCCCUUUUUGUGUGGAUGUAUUGGCGCAGCACAUACCGUUCUCAUUUUCGGGAAAGGAGUGCACCUCGCGGGUUGGUAAAAAAUUCCUGGGCUGAAAUACAGGCCGCCUCAAUUCAGUCGCGUUCCCUGUGCAGACGACGGACUGCUGGCACCAUGGGUCUCCACGCUUUUACGCUCCUUUUGCUAACUUCCUCGCUUUGUAUUUCAAACGGGGACCAGCCAGUGGAAGAAGAACUUACCACACCAAGGCGCGUGCAACCUCUCGGUGGUUCAUUUACACUACAUCCUCAAAGCGCUGAAGUCCAGGGCGUGGCCAAGAAAGCAGUGGAGGACUUCAACCGAAGCUCCAAAUCAAAGAAGUACUUCAGACUUCUCAAUGUCACAUCUGCUGAGUACCAGGUUACAAACGUGAUAAACUACAAGAUAGAUGCUGUGAUUGGAAAGACAAAAUGCCCUAGAUCUGAAGAUCCUGACCUGGAAUCUUGUGUUUUGGGAAAAAAGAUGCGGCAGCGAAAAUGUAAAUUUGAGGUUACUUUCAACCCUCGGAAUGACAAAUAUGACUUUUUUCAUUCCUCCUGCAAGAAAUGACCUUGCAAUGACCUUGGAUCCACGAGGACUCAAAAAAAAAAUAAAUCAAUCAUUUUUUUAAAAUAGACUGCUUUUGUAGACUGGCUGGAAGCAGCAAAAUAUUAUUGUAUAUGUGGUGCUUCUCAUUUCUUCUUUUUUUACAGUUUCUUAGCAAAUAUUGGUCACGAUAAGAAGAUCAAAAUGUGGGUUCAGUGUGAAAAGGGUACAAUAGUUUCAAUGCUAAUCUACCACUGGGCUCUUUGUCACAAGUUUGUGGGCGGGGGGGGGGGGGGGGGGGGGGGGCAUUCAUGCAGAGCUGUCCCUAGAGUUUUGGUGGCCCUAAACAAGAGUAUUGUUUUGACUUCAAGAUUCCAGCGUAAAUCACAUGCUACUUAACGGCUGAAUGAAUUAACUCACUUACUUGCUUAUGGCAGUCCAUCGAAAGACAAAGAUGACUUUGCUUCCAUGCUUCGGCAGGAUGAAUCUGAAUAGUCUGAAAUAUUCUCUUUUCAAACAUAUAUUUAUAACCUUAGUUAGCUUUGGGGGUGAAUACUGUACAAUUAAUAUGUGUUG